AUGGCGCUGCUCAAGGUGAUUUUCGUGGCUUUGCUCCAAGUUGCCAGCAGCGUGAGGACAAACGUCCAGUUGCAGGCGGAUGCGUCCAGCAGCGGCAUCGGACAAGAUGCCCUUGCGCAGUGGCUCUACAGCAGCCAGGGGAUGGACUUGUCAAGGUCCGAUGCAGAUUGGAUGGCGCAGAAGGGCGGAGCCAUCUUGAACGACUGCGGAGUAACCCUUGAGGACCUGAAGAAGCUGAAGGGCGCCCUCUACUACUCCGACCUUGGCUUUUCCAAGCAAAUGGUCAAGGACAAGUUGUUCGAGCUGGCCGAGCAGCACAUCGAUCCAGACAUUCUGAAGCAGAUGUUCUCCGCCCUCUACUACAGCUCUUCCGGCGUCGACCUCCUCCCAAAAAGUGUCGCACAGAGCAGGGCGGUGGAGCUCACGCUGGGCUAUGCAGAGCCAGAGCAAGUGAAAAGCCUUUUCAGCACGCUCUACAGCAGCAGUGGUGUGAAUCUUGGGAAGAGGGAGGCUCUGGAGAAAAUGCUGGAGCUUGCUAGGGCUGGCUGCGACCCCAUUGCCCUGAAGAAUGCCUACGCCCGGGCAUACGGGAGCCAGGCAGACCGGUUGAAAACGGCUUCCGAAUCUGCCGUGAUUGAGAACUUGAACUACAAGGCCAAGCGCUAUGCGAAGGAUGGCGUGGCAUACACUGCACAGGACUUUCAACAAUACUACCACGAAUACUUCCUGAGCGAGUGGAGCGUGGCGCCGGCAGAGAAGCGCGUGGCCCCAGACCGCAAGGCAUACUCGGCCAGCCAGUUCCGCAUGUUCUUCCAGAGCAACUGGGAACGCUACUGGGAUGCUGCGCCAGUGGCAACGCAGAUCCGCCUCGCAAAGGACGGCCGCCGCUACACGAUCCCCGAGUACCAGAGCUACUACAAGGACGCUUGGCAGUCCGAGUGGGCCGCGUCUCCGGAGCUCAUCUGCCAAGAGUGCAGCGCGUGA